GCCCAGCCUUUUAUUUUUUAAGACAGGGUCUCACUGAGUUGCCCAUCCUGGGUCUGAACUUGUGAUCUUCCGGCCUUAGUGGCCCAGAGUACUGCACCUUUGGAUCGCACCAUUUUUCUCUUGUGGCUGAUCUGAUCUCUUGUGUGUUCAUCACCUCCCUAGGAGGAAUAGGCUAAGCCACACACACAUCGCCUAGACCACCUAGGUUUGUGGCAUUAGGUUGGUGAACUCUAUGAUGCACAGUGGUGAAAUUGGCUGAUGACAUUUUUCUCAGAACUUAUCCUAUCACUAAGUGACAAUGAUUGUAUGUUAAACAUAGACCUUCAUACCAUGACCAUCUGAGGAUACAGAAUUCACAUUAGGAAAAAUCCAAGUGUGGAACUUCUGAAUGUAAUGCGUCUUAUUUAAUUAAAUUUAAAAUCUUACGUUGUCACUACAGCAGAAAGUGCAGAUUUGUCAAUGUACAAGCUUUUGUCUGUUUUUGAAGCUGCAGAGCUAUGCAAACCGGGAGAGAUGACACUGUGUUUUCUUGUCUUUUCUACAGGUAUUGAGCCAGCUGGCCCUUUGAUUGUCAUUUCUGCUCACCUGGAAACACUUCACAGGAAGAUUGGCUUUCAUAAGUCACUUAUCCCCUUCUUACUGCUAUUUGUAAACUUCCUCAGGUUGGAGAUUGCUUUGCUUUGCAGAAAUUAUCUGCUCGGAGCCAUGCAUAAUUUAUAACAAUCUCUGGCAAAACCUCAGAAAAAAGAUAUGCUCUGGUCUCAGGCGGAUGUCAGAGGCUGUGGCCAAACCCAGUGGAAACCCUCCCCGGUGCCAGUGGCUCCUACAGAGGGACAGCCUCUGGGAGCUGUGUGCUCCAGGGACUAUGACCCAGUUGGAAGAGAAAGAAGAGCUCCAAGCAGAGCACAGGCAACAGUGAAAUCAGAGAGGGGCUCUUUCAAGAACGCAGGGGUGCAGCUGGACGCUGGUGCUCACCGCCAGCUGGACCGUGAAAAUCUUCCAAUUUGGGUCCAAGAAGAGGGAAAGGAAAUGGCCCAUGAAGUGAACCUGGAUUCCCUCAAGGAGUUAGAGCGGGAAGUCAUCCUGCAGGUCCUCUACCGCGAUCAGGCUGUGCAGAACGUAGAGGAGGAAAGGAUACGGAGACUGAAGACGCACCUGCAGCAUCUCCGGUGGCCAGGGGUGAAGGGCUCCGGCCCUGAGUGCAAGGACAAGUGCUGCGCGCGCUGCCAGCGCAUCCUGGGGCUGCUGCUGAACCGCGGCGCCGUGUGCCGGGGCUGCAGCCAGCGUGUGUGUUCCGAGUGCCGUGUGCGCCUGCGCGGGACCCGUGCCUGGAGGUGCACCGUGUGCUUCGAGGACAGAAAGGUGAAAAUAAAAACUGGAGAAUGGUUCUUUGAGGAACGAGCCAAGAAAUUUCCUACUGAAGGCAAACGGGAAACAGCUGGGGCAAAGCUCCUGCAAUCUUAUCAGAAGCUGAGCACAAUCUCCGUGGUUCCUCCUACUCCGCCUCCUGUCAGUGAGAGCCAGUGCAGCGGCAGCCCUGGCGGGUUACAGGAACUUGGUCAGUUUAAAGGAUUUAAUAAGUCCAUGGAAAAUUUGUUUCUGUCUGUUGCCACCCACAUGAAAAAGCUUUCCAAGUCCCAGAAUGACAUGACCUCUGAGAAGCGUCUCCUAGCCACGGGCCCCAGGCAGUGUUCAGGCCAGAUGGAGAGACGGAGCCAGUCAGACACUGCUGUCGACAUCGCCACCAGGGGAAGCAUAAUUAGCAUUAACAGCACUUGCACAGAGAUGGGUAAUUUUGACAACGCUAAUGUCACUGGAGAAAUAGAAUUUUCUAUUCGUUAUUGCUUCAAAACUCAUUGUUUAGAAAUAUGCAUCAGCACCUGUAAGAAUCUUGCCUAUGGGGAAGAAAAGAAGAAAAAGUGCAAUCCGUAUGUAAAGACCUACCUGCUGCCUGACAGGUCCUCCCAGGGGAAGCGCAAGACUGGAGUCCAAAAGAACACAUUGGACCCAACCUUUCAGGAGACCUUGAAGUACCAGGUGGACCCUGCCCAGCUGGUGACCCGGCAGCUGCUGGUCUCUGUGUGGCACCUGGGCACACUCGCCCGAAGGGUGUUCCUUGGAGAAGUGAUUGUUCCUCUGGCCACAUGGGACUUUGAAGACAAUGCCACACAGUCUUUCUGCUGGUAUCCGCUCCGAGCCAAGGCUGAGAAAUACGAAGCUAAUGUUCCUCAGAAUAAUGGAGAACUUGCUGUUCGGGCCAAACUGGUCCUUCCUGCAGAGCCUAGAAAGCUCCAGGAGGCUCAAGAAGGAGAUCAACUAUCACUUAAUGGUCAACUCUGUUUGGUAGUGCUGGGAGCCAAGAAUUUACCUGUGCGGUCAGAUGGCACCUUAAAUUCCUUUGUUAAAGGCUGUCUCACUCUGCCAGACCAACAAAAACUGCGUCUGAAGUCCCCAGUGCUGAAGAAGCAAGCUUGUCCCCAGUGGAAACACUCCUUUGUGUUCAAUGGUGUAACCAGGUCUCAGCUGAGGCAGGCAAGCUUGGAAUUAACUGUGUGGGACCAGGCCGUUUUUGGAAUGAAUGACCGCUUGCUGGGGGGAGCCAGACUUGGUUCAAAGGGAGAUGCCAGUGGUACAGACUCAUGUUCACAAUCAAAGCUUCAGUGGCAGAAAGUUCUUUCUAGCCCCAACUUAUGGACAGAUAUGACACUUAUCCUGCACUGAAGUGAAGCCUCAAAGCUCCAGGCUGCAGUGGGUGUGCUGGAAUGCUGCGUGCCUGCAAAGGUUAGCAGGGCGUGGGGUCACCACUGAGCAAGACCCUCCAGAUCAUGCACACACCAACUGAGUUCCGUGUCAGUGCCUAAUAUAUCCCUCCAUAUCUGUAUUCAACAGCAAUUAUCAGUAUGACAUAAAUGUCUGAUUUUUUUGUGUGUUGAAAGUGGCCAGAUUUCAAUAAAUGUUCAGCAGUUACCUGUCUCUCCCAAUGUUUAAUCAAACAGGGAAAACCUCAGCUCUGUUAUAUGCAUUUAGAGAGAAAAAAAAAAAAAAGCCUGCUGAGUAUUCAGUCCCUCCUGCUUUCCUGUGGAAACUUCACAGACCACUCAGCUGAUGCUGUGGGUGCUGUUUCCAGCCGGGGGCCCAGAGGCCCCUCCCAGGGCAGGGCUGAUGGGACCGCGCCGAACCCGGGGAAAUCCCAGAACGGCCUCCCACCCCUGCACAAUGGAGGGUUCUUAUUUUGUUUGUGGCGUGGAAUUCGUAUCUGCACACGUCUGAACUGAGAAAGGGCAAAGCAGUGCGCAGAAAAGAAGGUUAACGAUGAGCAGAGCCAGUGGCUUAGGAAAGGUGGCAUGGGAAUGGUUCUUAGAGGAAACAGGUCAGAGUCUCCUUAGGACUGGAGCUGGAUCGAUCUGACCGUGUAUGUAUUUCAGACAAGCUUACACAGAAAAACUGAAAUGUGCAAUGACACACAGAGAGAACACUAGGAGAGUAUUCUUACAGACAUGAUUCUAGCAAGUACCUGGUUUCAUUACUACCCUCCCAUCAUAUCAGAUCAAGCGCCAUGGUUCCGUGGUUUUUAAUACGUAAUUCUUUUUAUUCUGUAAAAGGUAACAAAAUAUACAGAACAAAACUUUCCCUUUUUAAAACUAAUGUUACAAACCCAUAUUAUCACUUACAUAUAAAUACUAUACUCUAGAGCUGAUUAUUAGUUAAGUGUAAGUCCAACAAUGUAUUCUUCUAACUUUAAGCAAAAAACCCAAAGUUUAUCACAGAGUCCUCCUGUACCAUCCACCCCAAGUGACCACAGCACUGCAUGUGGGACAGGGCUUUAGUUUAGACAGGGCUUAAUUUUUUUACCUCAAAAUAU